CCCACAGCAGAAGUUCACACACUCAGACAUAGAAAAUGCGAGUCCUGCGAUACAUAGUACCGCAAUUGCUCCUAGCGGGCUCCGCUUUCGUUUCCGCAGCAUCAUGGAGUUUCGAAGAUGCUUCUGUGUCGAUAAGUGAGAAAGGCAGUGGUGCUGGAGGUGCAUCGAAGGAAGCUCUCAAGCCAGAUGCGCCUCUACCUAAGCCGCUGAGCCUUAAGACAGACUCGGCGCUCAAGAUCAUCCUUACAACCACAAACGGCAAGAAAGCUCGCAAACCACACCAAGCCUUCCUCACGCUCAGCUCCUCAACCAGCGGCCUCGAAGAAUCGUUUCCUUUCACCGUUAAAGAAUCCGGCAAGUCCAAGGUGGAUGUCAAGUUCAGCGACAUCCCGCUACAGCUCCUCAAGGAUAAAGAACCGCUUGAAGCAUCAAUUGUCAUUGGCUCGUUCGGGAGCUCGACACCUUACAAGAGCAAGGCCUUUAGCUUGAGCAUUGAUCUGGACCCGAACGCUCCGCUUCCAGAGCAGGAGCAGCAGCUUCGGUACGGAAAGAAGCCUGAAAUCCAUCAUAUUUUCAAGUCGGAUCCCAAAUCGCCCCCUCGCAUCAUCACGCUUAUCUUCACUGCCGGCGUUGUUGCUUGUCUGCCUGUCUUGCUAGGUGCGUGGCUGAUGCUCGGUGCCAAUGCCAACCACCUUGCGAAAGCCCUGAGUGCGGCACCCAUCAGUCACGUCCUUUUCGUUGGGAGCAUCUUUGCGAUGGAGUGUGUUUUCUUCCUGUACUACACGAGCUGGAACCUGUUCCAGACACUUCCAGUGGCAGGUAUCAUUGGGGUAGUGGCGUUCUAUUCCGGAAGCAAAGCGCUCAGCGAAGUACAAGAGCGACGGCUUGCCGGAUUGCGAUGAGUGUACUUGAGCGGUUUAUUCGACAGAGAGAGAUCGAUAGGUACUAAAGGAAGGUUCAAAACAGGAUACGUGCAUUAUUAGCGAGUAGAUGGGCGUUGAACAAAUCCUCUGUCAUGCGUAAGAAAACCUGGAACGAAAUUAUCUUGCAAGCAUUCAGGUGAAUUUGGCUGCGUCCCCAUAAACGGACUAGCGGCUGCUAGCAUUGCGAAGUAGCCAUGAUCUAUUUCAGCUUUACAUGUACCCUCAGCCGUCACAGGAGAGUGAGGACAUUACAAGGCCAUCGCAUCGUAGGAGGGACUCUUUUGGAAUUAGCGAAGUGUGUACAGCGUGAAUGACAAAUUUCCUGAGCAGGCCAGACCGACUUGAACCAAUAAACACUUGAC